UUUCUUGCAUACGGGAAGUUCCUUCCUACCGUCCCACAUUAAACCGAAGCCCCCGACCUUACCUUUCUCUCUCUGCAAUUAUUUUAACUAUCAGAGAGAACUCAUAUACGGUCCACACAGAUUUUCUCGAGAAAAUUAAAUGGAUUCGAUUUCCGUGAAUUGGGAAGCUCUCGAUUCUUUGGUCAUUGAUUUCGCCAAAUCUGAGAACGUAAUAGAAGACUCUGUCUCGUCUCCAUCGUCACCUUCGUCUUCGUCUUAUCAUUCGCGUUUGUUGAUUCGCCAGAUUCGACGGUUGGUGGAGGUCGGUGACGUUGAUGCCGCCAUAGAUCUCCUUCGUGCUCACGCAUCUUUCGUUCUUGAUGAUCACCGACUUCUGUUCCGGUUACAGAAGCAGAAAUUUAUUGAGCUUUUGAGGAGAGGAACUGAAGAGGAUCGUGAUUCUGCACUCAAAUGCCUACGCACUGCAUUGGCGCCUUGCGCCCUUGAUGCUUAUCCGGAAGCAUAUGAGGAAUUUAAGCAUGUUCUUCUUGCCUUCAUUUAUGAUAAAGAUGAUCAUACCUCCCCUGUGGCAAAUGAGUGGUCUGAAAGGAGGAGGUUUGACAUUGCUGGAUUAUUGUCCUCUGUUUUAAGAGCUCAUUUACAUGCAUAUGAUCCCGUCUUUUCGAUGACUUUGAGAUAUUUGAUAAGCAUACACAAAGGGUUCUGCUUUCGUCAAGGAAUUCUAUCACCAAUUUCAGAUCUUACUGAGAGGUUGCUUCUUGAGGAACGAGACCCUCCUGCGACACCCCAGGAGAGUUUGUAUGAAGCACCCCCAUUUGAUGAGGUGGACAUACAAGCCCUUGCACAUGCUGUGGAGCUUACAAGACAAGGUGCCAUUGAUAGCCUAAGAUUCGCUAAGGGUGAUUUAUUCCAGGCAUUUCAGAAUGAAAUAUGCCGGAUGAGAUUGGAUGUUUCCAUGCUUGAUGAGCUUGUUCAUGAAUAUUGUGUGUAUAGGGGUAUUGUGGAUUCUGGUCUUACUUCCCCUUCUGGAAACUGUUCUCUUGAUGUUGAAUCUGGAGCCAGUAAAAAUUCGAACAGUGAGACUUCUAUUAAUAAUGCUCGCAUGAAUAGCUCUCCUGAAAUUAAUGUUGAUAUGGUCAGCAUGCACGGUACUGAAACUGAAGAGCGAUACCCGUCUGAGACAACCAGCAACCAUGAAGACUGUAGUACCAGUGGAAAAAAUCACACUGAAAAUUCAAGGGUUUCACAAAGAAGUAGAAUUCAUGGAAUUGGGGAAAGGAGCAAACGCAAGCGUUGGAGAGGGCGACAUGAGAACCUUGAUUCUAUUCCUGAUAUUCUCAGUGGAAGCAGCAAGCAAGAUCUUAGCACCACUACCUUGACCCUGAGCACAAGUGCCUCCAAGGAACACCAGGGUUUCGAAAAAGAUACACAUCCAACUGUGGAUGCUAGGGAUGAUAAGUUUGAAAUUGUGCUGGGGAUGAAGGAAUUAGCAAGCAGAGGAAUGGCAGCUGAGGUUGUGGAAGAAAUAAAUGCUAUGGACCCGAACUUUUUUUCACGGAACCCUAUUUUGUUAUUCCAACUUAAACAGGUUGAAUUUCUGAAGCUGGUCCGAUCCGGUAAUCAUUCUAGCGCAUUAAAGGUCGCUUGUUCCCAUUUAGGCCCAAUGGCUACUAGUGAUCCAGCUUUGCUGAAGCCCUUGAAGGAGACUUUGUUGGCAUUGCUCAAACCCAACGAAGAUGCUCUUUGUGAAGGCUUGCCCUUACUUACUCUUGCAACUUCACUUCAGGUUGCAAUUGGUAGGAGGUUUGGCAUUGAAGAACCCCAGCUUAUGAAGAUAAUGAGAACGAGCCUUUACACACACAGUGAGUGGUUUAAACUUCAAAUGUGUAAGGAUCGAUUUGAAGGACUUCUAAAAAUCGACUCCUUGAAAGAAGUUGCCAUGCCCUUGCUUACUGAUGCUUCUUCCAAGCUAAAUUCAGAUACUUGUACCCAUGGAUCUUCCCAAGUUACCGCAUGUUCAAGCAGUAGGAUGCAGGAAGAUGGAAGCAGUCCAUCUCAAGUGUCUUCUAGAGAUAUUGCUUGUGAUGAAAAUGCAAUACUUAAAGUAAUGGAAUUUCUUGCUUUGCCAAGGGCUGAUGCCAUUCAUCUUCUUGCACAGUAUGAUGGAAAUGCCGAGACCGUCAUUCAGCAGAUAUUUGGGUAGUUUGGAAUGUAUACUAGCAAAACUAAAUUUAUUCGUUUAUUUUAUUCUGAAUAUUAUUUCAUUCAAUUGUGCCAUAGAUUUUCCAUGUAGAUAUAUGAACAGUGUCCCAAAAAAAGCCCAAUCGGGUGUUCUUGUCAGGAAAAGCAGUUAAUAAAAUAUCGAUUUGGUUCAGAUGUGAGCUCUGCAUUUGUUGAAGUUUUCACCCUUAUUAGGGAAUCGGGGUCAAACUUUUCACCGCAUAAAACUUUCUUGUCGAAGUUUAUUUGGGAUAAUCACACGGCAUUGUAUGGAAGUGAGUUAAAUGUGUUUAUUUCA